AUGGUGCUCCUUUUCGUCCCCUUUGAGGCCUUUUUAGUCACUGCAUAUGUAGCCCAGUGCGUUGGGUGCGCCGCUCGCACUCGUGGGGACGUCAAGUCCCACACUUUUGCCUUCUCAGACCUGAAUGUAGUAUGUGGUGCUCCCAUGUACGGUAAAUAUGGAGCAAGAUUUCAGAAUGUUCUCUCGACGCUUGUCAAAGAGGAGGAUCCUUUGACCAUUACCACAGCAGAAGUGGCGAAGAAUUUGACGGGUGAAUCGCUGCAUGUCAUGGAUAUGCCAGGAAGAAGCCACUCUGUUCCCGACCAACCGCUCAUGGUGGCCAUCUCGGCAACCGCUUUGGUGAUGCAGUGGAGUGUCUCAAUCGCAUCCAACGCUCAAUUCUUAGUCGAACUGUACAGUGAUGCGGACCUCAUAGAGUCGCAUUUAUUGUCUCCCAGUAUGCGCCAGUACACCUUUCAGGAUUUGCGACCCUUCACCAUGUAUUCCGCUGAUCUGACCGUCUGCACUGACGCAAAGUGUGGUGCACCCUCCGCCAUGGCUUUUGCAGCCACUUGGCCUGGCACACCGAGUGCUCCACUUAGGGUUGAAGCCCGACCUCGGACCUACAACUCUCUGGAAGUCACAUGGAACCCUCCCGCUUCACCCAAUGGCCAGAUCGAAGGUUAUGUGGCUGUCACAGCGCAGCCCUAUCGCGAGUGCUAUAGCGAUAAUCUGCAAUACCGUCGGUGCUACAUCAACGAUUUGCCUGCCAACAUAACUGUGGAAGUGUAUGUUGUUGCUUGCAACCUCCCCAAUGCACAAGGGCAAGGUGGCGGCUGUGGCUCUCCCUCGAACAUGACCGUUGCGAAGAUGUGGAACGGGGGACUGGACGAAGAACUGAUGGUGGUGCUGGCUGCAAAUAGUUUCACGGGUGUGGGGACUGAGGCUGAAUCCACCAAAUCCAUUUCGCUGUAUUUGCCACUUUCGCUUAUCUCAGUGUCGGGAACGGGACCAUUGAACAAUAUCAGCCUUGUGGUGCAAUUGGCUCACUAUUAUGAAGGUCCUGAGAGCCCUUUACUCCUUCUGUACGAUAGUUACCCCUACGAUGAUGGAGUCUUUCACAAGCACCCGAUCUUGGGAACUUACAGAAGCCACGAAGUGCACGAGGGUUGGGAGGUGUUAGUCACUGGGAAUGAGGACAACAUGCACAUGGAAUCCCUUUGCGACUCGCUGUUCUUGCUGGGUGAUGGAACAGGAUUUCCUCGGAGCAGUCACUACUUUAAUGGUCCUCUACAAUCCAACACCGAAUACGCACUGAGACUGUACUCGCCACUUGGCUAUGCUACAACGCGGCCAGUUGUUAUUCAAACUGCAGAUGUGCCAGUUUAUACUUCGAUGAUGGUAGGAAUUCCCAUUGGGGUUGUGGUGUUGUUUACUGUGGUCUUCACACUCUAUAAGCGCCUUCAGAUGAAGUGGAUCCAGUCGCAAAUUCCAAUGGAAUCAGGAGAAUAUCGAUAUGUGAAAUUUAGUAUCUCAUACAUUUACCCAAAGGAGUUGCAACAAACUAGAAUCAUUUCACCACUGGAUUUGGAGGAUUUCAAUGCCUACGUAUUCUGCCUUCUCAGUGGACCAGACCACAAUUUGAACAUUCAGUAUCGGCCUUGGCCACUCAUCCAGCUCCACUUCACCGGUUGGCCACGUCAUGGAGUUCCUCGGGUGGAUAUUUUCUAUAACUUCGUCGUUAAAUGCUUGAAGUACCUCGACAACUUUGCCGUUGGUAGCGAUUACGGUCCACCGACAGUCCACUCCAGGCCUGACGACGGCAGAGCAGGCACCCUUGUUUGUGCUGCAGUGCUACUCAGCCGCUUACGAAGCAACUCGCAGAAGGUGGAUGUUUUUGGAACUGUUUUGGCACUGAGUAAAUUUCGGCCUGGUAUCAUCACCUCAAAGUACUGCAUCGACUUUGAGAACUUGUUGCCAGGAUCUGAGGACGAGGAUGAGUGA